AUGUUAUACAACUUAGCUGUCAUAUAUUCUGCACGGAAUAUCAUCAAUGAUGAUCAUGUUGCUCUCAAACUCGAAACUGUUGUCGACCACUCAUCUUCUCUGGAGCAUGAAUACUGGAUGUUGAAACAACUUGAAGAGAGUCAGCGUAUCACUGCGCUGGUUCUCGAACUCCUUGGGCCAUCACUCCACCAACUCUUCCUUGCAAACAAUCAAAGAUUCAGCCUUCUUAAUGUUGUCAAUCUAGGAGUCCAGUUGCUCUCAUGUCUUGAGUAUAUCCACUCCCACAAUUAUGUUCAUGGCGACAUCAAACUGCAGAACAUCUUGGUGGGUCUUGGAAAUUUGAGGCACACUGCUUUUAUUAUAGACUUUGGUAUCACAAAGACAUACUGGAAUGCUACAACCAGUGACCAUGUGUCAUUUUGCCAUGGUCGAAGUCUCUCUGGCACUCCUGCAUUUGCCUCGAUCAACAAUCACUUAGGAGUCGAUCUUUGUGCCACAUUGCCUGCACCAGCUACGUGCAUGUUGGAUUUCAGUCAACCUGAUGGUUCUGCCAUACAUCCCCUUCUAUUACCUGAUCAGUGCUGUGUGGCCAAAGCAAGAUCACCAUGUCCACCAGAGACAGCUCACAGAUUGACUCGUGUGUGA